UGUACUUAAGAGGGGAACGCUGCGACAUGCGGCUGGCAGCUUGAAAGGCGCGUCCAAACUACGUCAUGCACCAUAGCUCCCGCCGCACAGACUGGCCCAUCGCGAACCAGAUCGCCAGACUAAGCCACCAGACGUCGAUGACCUCCCCAAGGCUCCCAGGUCCAUAUCACUAUGUUUGUAUAGAAUUUCGCGUGCGACCCGCGCUGUCAAUAUUUUCCUUGCCAUCCCCACACCGCGCUUUCUCCAUGCAUUCACGGUAGCAACGGCGUGAGGCCUAUUCUUGCAUCGACUGCAGACAUCUGCCACAUAACAAUACUCCGCGAUGGCAGAGCAGAACAUCCAGCUCGUCGACCACACAGACGGCGACACGACCCCCACCGCUCAGUCUGAGCCCCCUCGAACGCCAGACUCGCGCAUCGACAUACUGUACGAAAACCAGCGCGGCUGGUUCGUCUUCGGCAUACCACUCUUCUCCUCGAAAGCGCUCUGGAAUUUCAGGGUCGACCCUGCGCCAUGGGUUGACACCAAGUUCAAGCCGUCAGCCGUCAACAUCACAAAUGCACAAGUACCGGACCCCAGCUGGGUCUGGGACUGGAAGAGCUGGUAUGUUGAUAUGAGCUUGGACGUCGACGAGGAGGGGUGGCAAUACAGCCUCAUGUUCAAGGGCUCGCCGUGGCAUGGCAACCACCCGUGGUUUCACAGCUUCGUCAGGAGACGGCGGUGGCUGCGAAGGCGAGUGAAGCAGAAGAUACCGCCAAAGACGAAGGAAGCCGUACGCGACAGGCUGUUUGGUGACAGAUUCAGCGUCGGUGGCACGACGAUGCUCAGGACAGAUACCUUGGGUACUAUGAGUGCACAGCUGGACAGCGGUCAAGUCUCUGUGGACGAGGAAGUGCGAGACACAGCAACUCUGUUGCGCAAAUUGAAGGUCGCUGCCAUUGAUCGGGAGAAGAUUAUCAUCAUCAACAGAUUCAUUGCAGACGGGAGUGAGGAGCUAUACUACCUUGCUGAACAGAUUCCGAACAUCAUGUCUAUGCUCGUAUUCCAAAACUCUCGCCGUCAGCUCCUUGCCACCCUCAUGGACACAUUUGACGCCGCUAAGAGCCACCGCGACGAGCACAAGGCCCAGGAUAGGCCUGAAGGCGAAGCCGAGUCCCGCAGGAUCACCAACCUUCUCAAAGCUGUCGAGGCCGCCGAUGCAGAGUGCAAGAAGCUCGAAUACUGGAGUGACAUACGCGAGCUAGCUGUAGAAGGCAGAGCCGGUAAUGCCACCGCAGAGGCCAGUGGGUGGGACGAGAAGUGGCAGGGCGUUGACGACAGUGGGCCGAAACACCCUUCACCGUCAACGCAAUCAUCGACGCAGUCAUCCAUGAUCCCUUAAUCCUCGGGUCCUAUGUACAUCCUAUGAGCAUUGAAUAUUUCCAAAGCUCAAAUACAUCUAUAUCUUGUAAUUUUACAUACUUGACUCAAUGGUUUCGAGUCUUCCUCACCCUGAUCGGACCUUUGA